AUGCCAGUCACCUACAAGUCUGAACAGACCAUCCGUCGCCCGUACUUUCCAGGCCACCGAUCCUCCUACCUCGAACUUAUCCCCGAAGAAGAGCUGGAGGCGUUUGCCCGCCUCGAAGACAUCGACGCCCCGCACCCUGCGAAGCCCACCAAGAACACCGGCGAUAUGACCGCCGAGCUCGACCAGAUGGCCGCGGCCAAGGAGGAAGACCUCAAGCCACCCAACGAUCAGAACAGAGGACAUGCGCGUACACCUAGUGACACACCCAUGCCUAUCGUAGAGGACUAUCUUACAGCAGGCGGAGGUUCAGUGAGCGGACUUAGUACGCCCGGCACGCCCGGUCUCACGCGCACAAGCUCUCAAGAUGGCUAUAGCAAUUACGACGGCUACGGCAGUGGAGACUUUCCUCCAGUCGAUCGGCUUACCAUGUUCGACAUACUGGAGAACCUCGCGCUGCCCCAGCGCCUGGAGAAGAUGCAAGAUGCGAUCCACAACAACGCAGAGAAGCUUCGGCGGCAGCGACAGAAGCUCGCUACGAGGGCGUUGUCUAGUAAGAACGUGCUUGUAGAGCAGUGGAGAAAGCAGGUCAGCACUGGUCCGGAGGAGCGUCUGGACAAGUACCGAAGUCGCGUGAAGAGAUCUGUGGAUCGUAUGAAUAAGAGAUGGAACGAUGCGAAGACGGUCACGCUGAUGGAGAAGGUGUCGUUUGUGACUGCAUGCCUCAACAUCUUCAUCUCCGCAUAUCUGAUAGGAGCAUUCCCAGAGUACUUCCACUAUUGGUAUACGAUUCAGCUGAUCUACUUCAUGCCGCUCCGCUGGUACAAGUACCACAAGAUAGGAUAUCACUACUUCCUGGCGGAUCUCUGCUAUUUCGUCAACAUGCUUCUGAUGCUAUCGAUCUGGUUCUUCCCACAAUCGAAACGACUGUUGAUCAGCACCUAUUGCUUAGCGUUUGGAAACAACGCUGUGGCUAUUGCUAUGUGGAGGAAUAGUCUUGUCUUCCACAGUUUGGACAAAACCACAACCCUCUUCAUCCACAUCAUGCCCUGCGCCACUCUCCACGUCCUAGUCCACCUCAUCCCCAAACAAAUGCAACUUGACAAAUUCCCCGCCAUCCACACAAUCAAAUACUCCACCCCCGAAGCACCCGAACACUACGGCCUCAAAGACAUGAUCAUCUGGGCCACCCUCCCCUACGCAAUCUGGCAACUCUCCUACCACUUCCUCAUCACGAUCCGCAAACGCGCCAAAAUCGCCGCCGGCCGACCCACAUCCUUCACCUGGCUCCGCCGCUCCUACCGCGGCAACUUCCUCGGGAAAUUCGUCCUCUCCUUCCCCGACAGCAUGCAAGAGGCCGUUUUCAUGUGUAUUCAAUACUGCUACGCCCUCCUCACGAUGCUCCCGUGUCCGAUAUGGUUUUGGUACCCAUGGGCUAGUGCGAGCUUCAUGCUGUUUGUUUUCAGCUACGCGAGUUGGAAUGGGGCGACGUAUUAUAUUGACGUUUUUGGGAAGAGGAUGGAGAAGGAGCUUAACCAGCUUCGCAAUGAGGUUGCCAGAUUAUCCAAAUCUCCAGACAUCAACGGCCAAGAUCUCGCAAGUCCCAUGACGAGUCCUGCUGGUCCGGUAGGAUCCGAGGGCGCUGGGGUUGGCCUAUCCUCAGCUCUUGACCUUGGACCUCCAGCGGAACAGCAGUCACCGAACAUCCAGGGAAUAGACUUACAUAAGAGGGGCAAAUCAACAGAUCAGACCCCUCUCCUUGAUGGGUCCGUCAAGUCCGCUGAUCUGGACAAUGACCCCAUGGGGCAGACACCCAUGGUAGAAGAGCAACGAACUCUCGAUGGAGGGGUCGCGCCAGCGGAGGAUAUGGAAGGCGCGAGGACGGAUGGGCAUAAGAAGAAUGCGUGA